CACUUGAGACUGCUUGUUUUACAUGAUCAGGCGAACCUUGUCAACGUUAUAAAACGAACCGAGCUGCUUUGUUAUUAUGAUUUGAGGUUCAGCGCAUCAACUAGGAAGAAGUUCAUUCACUCCGGUAAGAAACAUGAAUUCGUUUGUACGCGCUUUGGUGUUGAGCACUUGCGCAGUGAUGUGCUUGUCGAUGCCACAAGGAUCCAAAGAGGGUGCCAUCUUCACAAACGAGGCCAUCAGACAAGCCCAAAACACGCAUCUGAUCCCGCAAAAUGCUCAAAUACAGAAAGUCCAAGAGGGCGUCGAGCUGGCCGCUUACGAGUCGAUCCCCGGAUCUCAACCUAUCAACUUGUUCGAGAUCUUGGGCGACCACGUGCCCCCAGAGGUAGUCAGCAACUUGCAGACCCAAGUCGACCAAGUCGGAAAGCAAUGAAGUCUUUUUUUUUAAGUAUUAUUUAAGUAUUUUGUCGUUGUAAGUCUGAAAACGACUCAUCGAGAGCGCCCCUCGUUCGACAUUCUGUAACGGGUACCGUUGAAUUGACUAAUUAUGACUGUAUAGUGUAUAUACAAUAACUCUAUAUAUAUAUAUAUUAUAUCUUUGGUCCUGUAUAAUAUGUAAUGCGGUGUAACGCAAUCGAUUUGUUUUAAACGGAGAGAAAGUGUUUGUUUUUUUUCAACGGAAAUCCUUUCACCCAGCUAAUUUUUUUGAUUUUUUUGUUUUUUUUUUGGUCAACUAAAUGUAUUAAUAUAUUAACUUUCUAUACCAAAAUAUGUAACCGACGAGUAUACCUAAAAUGAGAUUUUAUUAAAAACCGUUUUAACAGAUAAAAUAUUCCACUCUGCUGUUUUGUUUUACAGUAUUGUUUUAGCAACUGAACAUACAACAGACAGAUUUACUUUGACCGCGUUUUAUGCACGUGGGCUACUUAAUUGCAUAUUAGGUGUAGUCUGGUCUGAAGUGAUAUAGCGAUUAAAAGCUCACUUCUGUUUGUGUAUGUCUCCAAAAAAGCAUUCAUCGUAACAAUAAAAUUCAUUAUUGAUGA